AUGACACGUUCUUAUUAUAAAGAACAAAAGAUUGAAGAAGAAGAUAUAUCGUUUCCAUGGGACAACGAUAACUUUACUCUACGCCUGGAUACUUUUACUAACUCUCAUUUAGAAAGAAUGAGGCAAAACGGUUAUCGUGUGUUGAAUUCGUCGCCAUUAAGAAAUCAUUGGAGUAGUCAUAAUAAUGAUUAUGAAAAUGAACAAGGAAGGAUCCAUGUCCAAAAAAUAAACAGAUCACAGGCGAAUACUUCAGUCAAGAGUAGAGAUAACAUACAACAUAUCUCUCCUUUAUCCGAUAUUUCUAUUAUAAAUGACAGAGACGACAUAUUCAAUAGGUCUCCCUCUAUCAUUUCUAGGCGAACCCAACCCUCUCUUCAACCAAAAGAAAACUGGAAAAUAUCCCGUUCAUUCUACUCUUCACCUACUAUAGUCAGUUCACCGAUGAUUCGAAGCAUUUCAGUACCUAAAAAUGCAGAUAAUCUGAUCAUUUAUACAACAGUAGAUGACCAGAAAUCAGCCCAAUCUUUCUCUCACUUUUUUAAUCCAACUUAUAGUGAAAAGAGGCCAUCUAAACUCGGAUUAUUUUCAAGACUGAUGAAAAGAUUCAAAAAGAAUGUUUAA